AUGGAGCUGAAAAACCUAGGAUUUCGAUUUUUGUUGUUCCUCGUAUCUUGGACGCUACUAGCCCCGUGCCGCACCGACGCCGGCAGCAUGCCACGGCGGCUGAUGGCCGAAGACCCGUCGCUGGACCUUGUGGUUGGCCCGGCGGCGACAAAUAUCCCCACCAUUACGGAGGCUAUUGCGACGGCGGUUCAGACGAGGACAGACGACAAGAGGUUUGUUAUAAAAAUAAAACCGGGAGUUUACCACGAGAAUAUCAUUAUCGACGAAAGGCUUCCGAAUCUCAUGCUGCUCGGAGAUGGAAAGGAGAGGACUAUUAUCACCGGCGAGCUUAGUGUUGGUGGCAAUAACUUAAGCACCUUCGACACUGCACCUGUUGGUUUUGAAAAUCAUGUUCCUGUUUUUUCAGCUGUUGAAGCUGACGGGUUUAUAGCUCGCGGCAUUACAUUCCGGAACACCGCCGGCUUGGAUGGGAAUCAGGCGGCGGCGCUGCGGGUGAGCGGCGACAAGGCGGCCUUCUACAGCUGUUCAUUCGAGGGGUACCAAGACACACUCUACGUCCACUCCGGCCGACAAUUCUACAAGAAAUGCGACGUCUACGGCACCGUCGACUUCAUCUUCGGAAACGCCAUGGCCGUCUUCCAAGACUGCCACAUAUACGUCAGAACCCCAAAGGGCAAGCAGGCCGUAAUCACAGCCUCAAAGCGCGAAGGCCCAGAUGAACAAACGGGAAUCGUAAUCCAGAAAUCCCACGUGGCCGCCGCGCCGGGCGAGAAUCUUGAAGGGGUCAAAGUAUACCUGGGAAGACCGUGGGGACACUAUGCAAGAACAGUUGUCAUGGAAUCAAAAAUUGAUUCUUUGAUAGAUCCUGAAGGGUGGCUAUGGUGGGCGGGAAAGGAUGAAAUUUUUAAGGAUAAAAUAUACUAUGCAGAGUAUGAGAACACCGGCCCCGGCUCUUCCAUGGUGGACCGGGUGGAUUGGAGUAGUGCCCGCCAAGUGAUUACACCACAAGAAGCUGAACAGUUCUCCGUGGAAAAUUUUAUUGAUGGCAAUUCAUGGCUGCCGGAUACUAAUGUGCCAUUCAGUUCUGACCUCUGA